CGCCUCAGUAGAUAGGGGCAAUCUGCAAUCAAUGGGCCAGGCUGAUAUGCAUUCUCAAUGCUGGAUAGGCUCCCUCGGAAACAGACCGGGCUUGCGUCUGGGAUGGACCUGGUUCCUCCCUCCCAUCACAAUGCUCUGCUUCCCCGUCUUUUAGACUUCUUGACUAUCAAUCUUCUUGCAUACUGUCGAGCAUGACUCCAUCAAUAAGCCUACCAUCUGCACAAGCAUCAAGACACAAGGACUCUGCAACGACUGCCAUGUAUCCCUUUCCCAUGCCAAGGCCACACACAUUGCCCACAAAAGUGGCAGAGGUCGAUUUGAAGACCAACGACAAGCAUGUCUGUCGCGAUGAGCGUAUGAUUCGUUUGACUGGCAAUCAUCCCUUCAACAGCGAAGCACCAUUAUCAACGCUCUUCGAUGAAGGAUUCUUGACGCCGCCUGAGCUAUUUUAUGUCCGCAACCACGGCGCAUGUCCAGCAUAUACCGACCAGGAAUGUCUCGACUGGAAGAUUGAAGUCUCGGGUCUCGUCGACAACCCAUUCACGCUUUCCCUCAAAUCCAUCAUGGAGGACUAUGAGCAAAUCACCUUGCCUGUCACCAUGGUCUGUGCCGGUAAUCGCAGAAAGGAGCAAAACAUGGUUCGCAAGGGAUCUGGCUUCAAUUGGGGUGCUGCCGGUGUCUCGACAUCCCUUUGGACAGGACCUCUUCUACGAGAUAUUAUUGCAAAAGCCAGACCACAACGAGCAGGCAAGUUUGUGUGCUUUCGAGGCGAUGAUGAUUUGCCCAAUGGCAAUUAUGAGACGUGUGUUCGCAUGUCAUGGGCUAAAUCCUUCGACAGGGCAAUUCAACUGGCCUAUCUACAAAAUGGUGAACCUUUGACACCAGAUCACGGUCGUCCCAUUCGUGUGGUGAUUCCUGGUGCGAUUGGUGGUCGUUCCGUCAAGUGGCUCUCAAAGAUCAUCAUUCAAGCAGAGCCAUCGACUGGAUGGUAUCACAUCAAUGACAAUCGCGUCUUGCCUACUCAAGUCGAUCCAGCCAUGGCGAAGGCAGAGUCGAAAUGGUGGCAAGAUGAGCGCUAUGCCAUUUAUGACCUCAAUGUUCAAAGUGCAAUUGUCUAUCCUGCACAUGAUGAAAUCAUUCAAGCGGAGGAGAAUAAAGAUUACACUAUUCGUGGGUAUGCUUACAAUGGUGGCGGUGUACGCAUCGGCCGUGUUGAACUCUCUAUUGACUCUGGACGAACUUGGCAGCUGGCAGAGAUUGAAUACCCUGAAGACCAGUACCGCGACUUUACUGGUUCCUUAUAUGGUGGCAAGAUUGACAUGGCCGAUCGCGAAGCAUGCUGGUGUUGGUGUUUCUACGCAUUGAAAGUACCGACUACUGCGCUAGCACAAUGUACGGGUAUCGUCGUGCGUGCUAUGGAUGAAAAUAUGAACUUGCAGCCACGAGACAUGUACUGGAGUGUUAUGAGUAUGAUGAACAAUUGCUGGUUCCGAGUAGCUGUACACAAGACGCAACAUGACAGCUCGAUUACGCUACGCUUUGAACAUCCCACACAGCCUGCAUUGAUGCCUGGUGGAUGGAUGCCGCGUGUCAAGGAUGCUGGUGGUGAUUUGCAAGCUCAUGGCUGGGGAGAACUGGUUGAUCCGGGAGUGCCUGCCAAGACUGUGGUUAAGCAAAGCAUCAGAAUGACCAAAGAUGGCCUGCACAACAUCAUCAAAUUGGAUGAGGUGGAGAAGCACAAAGAUGCAGAGUCAUGCUGGUUCAUCAACGAUGGCGAGGUAUAUGAUGCGACGCCUUUCCUCAAAGAACAUCCAGGCGGCAUUGAAUCCAUUACUGGUGUCGGUGGCGAAGACUCAACAGAAGACUUUAUGGCUAUUCACAGCGAGACUGCAAAGCAGAUGCUGGUGGACUACCACAUCGGUACACUGGAGAAAGCUCCACUGACACCACCCAAGACGCCUGCAGAAUCUGCUCACGGUGACGACGAUGAAGUGCCGCGCGAUCAAUUUCUGGAAGCAAAGAAGUGGCAUCCGGUGCAGCUUGUCGAACGGCAGGAGAUCUCCUCAGAUGCUCGUAUCCUACGCUUCAAGCUCGACCACGACGAUCAGCUUCUCGGUCUUCCAUGCGGUAAACAUCUCUUCAUCAAGACCCAAUGCCCGACCACAAACGACAUUGUCAUGCGCGCGUAUACGCCUGUAUCUGAGCAACUUGCCAAAGGUUUCCUGGACAUUCUCGUCAAGGUUUACUUUGCAUCAACUGAUUGGCCUACUGGUGGCAAGAUGACACUGGCGCUCGAGUCCUUGCGUCUAGGCGACACAAUCCAAGUCAAGGGCCCGACUGGGCACAUUGAGUAUCUUGGUCGAGGCAAGCUUCUACAGCACGGCCAAGAACGGACAGUCAAGCGCUUUUUGAUGGUGUCUGGAGGUAGCGGCAUCACCCCCGUCUACCAGAUUCUGCGAGCGAUUCAUGCUGAUGAGGCAGAUGCAACACCUUGUGUCUUGCUCGACUCGAAUCGACAUGAGCAGGAUAUCCUGUGCAGGGAGGAUCUUGACAUGUAUGGCGAAAAGGAGACGAUUGAUAUCUACCACACAUUGUCAGGUAAGGAUGUGCCAGCAGAUUGGCAACACGGCAGGGGUCGCGUCACGGAAGCACUCAUGGAGAGCAAGUUUGGGGAUGUGGAUGUGAGUGGUGGUACUAUGCUUCUGUUGUGUGGUCCACCUGCGCUCGAAGCACUUGCCAAGCAGUGGGCAUUGGGUAAGGGUAUGAGCCAGGAGGAUAUUGUCGUAUUUUGAGUGUCCGUAGGUAGUCUGUAGAU